AUGAUUUGCACCAAUAGUCGUCCUGGCUUCGGCCGCCUUGUCUACCUACCAGUCUUUGCUCUCCUCAUCAUCAGCUUGUCUCUGAUUUAUCUUCGCUCAAACAUCCCAGCAGUGCCGGUACAUUCGUUCCAGCCACAAUUGACCACCUCCUCUGCGGACAACGACAAACAUGUCGACGCAGCCAUACCCCCUAUCGUGCACUUUGUCCAGCUAAAAAAAGACCAGGGGUCUUCGCUCCACUUCACGUUCGAAUCCUUCCUAGCUCUCUAUGCCGCCCAUCUCCACACCAAACCCACCGCCAUCUACAUCCACCACGACUUCUCAGAAGAGGAAGUUGCAACAGCCUCGGCUCACGGCUCAUCCUGGACGAGAAGGGUCCUGAAUUCGUUCCCCACCGUCGUGAAACUGAACCGCGUGACGGCGCCCACCCAUGCCAACGGACGGGAGAUCGCCGCCGUCGAGCACAGGUCGGACUUUGUGCGGUUGGAGCAGUUGCAGCGCCUCGGCGGCGUCUACCUGGACUGGGACGUGGUGGUCUUGAAGCCGCUGGCGAACCUGCGGAAUGCGGGGUUUCGCGCAGUGGUCGGCCGCCAGUUUGACGCCUUUGUCAACAACGGCAUCAUACUCGCCACGCCCGACUCGGCCGUCGUGCGCACCCUCCACCGGGAGAGCCUGCGCGUCUUUGACGGUGGCUGGAUCACCCACAGCGUAGAGCUGCUGACGCGCGUGGCGAACACGCUAGCGGCAGUGCCGGGGGAGGUGUUGAUCAUGGACUUCAAGGCCUUUUCACCCUUCUCGUGGGAGCAGGAGAGCGUGAAUCAACUCUUGGCCCGGCAUCCAGGGGAUUCUGUGCCCCCGCCAGAGAUCAAAGGUCUAGAAGAGUCGGUCAAGAUCAACGCAGAUGCGCUUUGGGAAACCAAACUGGCGGCAAACAGGGCCGGGGCAACCCCCACGUGGGUGUACGAUUUCAGCGAUACGGUGUUUCUGCACAAGAUUUUUAACUCGGUCGAUCCUCCCCCGGGCUAUAAUGGGGUAAACGUGCCGUACGUCCUAGCCAUGGAUAGCAAUUAUGCGGUAGCUACAUGGCAAAUUGUUGCGGAGGGGAUCAAACAAGGGAUGAUCGACGCGCGCGAUGAGAGCUAUUAA